GGAUUCGGAUAACAACUUCAUCGGAGCGGACGAGUACUCCCGAGAUCUCGAUUGCUCACCCAUAUCAACCCUUUCGUUCAGCAUCAAUCGAUCGUGCGGCCGGCUUCACUGCCCCGAAGGCCUGCGUGGCCGCCUCGCGCAGGGUCCCUCCGUCCCAGCCGGUCCGAUGGUUGCCAUCUAUUGCUGAGGAUACUCGGGGAAUACAUUGCUCAUGGAUACCAUUCACGGAAAAGGGGAGGAGGACCUGAGUCGUGCCUCAGACGAGGUUCCCCCGAUCCCCUCUCAGGAUGCGAAGUCGACGAAGCGCGCGCGAUGGGCGACGAAGCGGAUGACCGCCGCCGGUGGCCUCCGGAAGAGAGUGUCCAUCUUGGAACGCGGCCACCGGCGAGGCGCCCAAGACUCCCAGACUAAUGCUGCAGCAGGGGCGCCAGAGGGCGAGAACACGGAAUCUUCAUCGCGGAAAGUCUACUUCAAUCUUCCCAUACCUGAUAGCGAGCGGGACGAGGAAGGCAAUCUCAAAGCCGUCUACCCCCGCAAUAAGAUUCGCACCUCCAUCUACACGCCGUUGACAUUCGUCCCGAAGAACCUCUGGUUGCAGUUCCACAAUAUCGCAAACCUUUACUUCCUGUUCGUCAUCAUCCUGCAGUGCUUUUCGAUCUUCGGAGAUGCCGACCCGGGCCUGAGUGCCGUCCCACUGAUCAUUAUCGUCGCCGUCACUGCAAUCAAGGAUGCCAUUGAGGAUUGGAGGCGAACAGUCUCCGAUAACGAACUCAACAACUCCCCAGUCUACCGUCUUACCGAAUGGCAUAAUGUCAACGUCACUGCCGACAAUGUGUCUACCUGGCGAAAGUUCAAAAAGGCCUGUACGCGUGCCACCAUCUACACGUACCGUGGCAUGAAGAAACUCUGGCAGCGCAAGCCCGCCGACAAAGACGUAGCGGGAGACGUCGAGAUGGCGGAUUCCCGGCCGUCAGUCGAACCAUCCUCCCCGAUCGAGAUGACAACCGUGUCACCGAACCUUGAUGCCCGUGCUUCUGGAGAUUGGCCAGAUCCUACCGAUGGCCAUCUGCAAUCUGAGCGCGGCGGCAACCCCUCCUGGGCGCGAGCGAAGGGCAGCAUCCUUAAUCCGACCACGUCCGCCUCAGGGAAGGCUCGUUUCAAACGCCAGCACUGGAAAGAUGUCAACGUCGGGGACUUUGUGCGGCUGUACAAUGGCGAUCAGAUCCCAGCUGACAUGGUCAUCCUGUCAACGUCUGAUCCGGACGGCGCCUGCUAUGUGGAAACCAAGAAUCUGGACGGCGAGACAAAUCUAAAGGUCCGCCAUGCCCUCAAUUGCGGCCGGGCAGUGAGAAACGCCCGGGACUGUGAGAGAGCGGAGUUUACGAUCGAGAGCCCUCCUCCUCAUGCGAAUCUGUACUCGUUCAGUGGUGCCAUUUACUGGGACCAACAGGACGAUUCUCAGGCACCGCCCCAAGAACGAGUGGAGCCCGUCACCAUCAACAACAUUCUUCUCCGUGGCUGUAGCCUUCAGAAUACGGAAUGGGCAUUGGGUGUGGUCUUAUUCACGGGCUCGGAAUCCAAGAUUAUGCUGAACCAGGGCAUUACCCCGACCAAGCGACCGCAAAUGGCGCGCAACAUGAAUUGGAACGUUCUUUACAACUUUGCCAUCCUCUUCAUCAUGUGUUUGAUUUCGGGUUUCAUUAAUGGCUUCGCCUGGGGGCUCAAGGAUGCUUCUCUGGCUUUCUUUGAAUACGGUUCUUAUGGUGGGUCGCCCGCCGUAGAAGGUGUCGUUGCCUUUUGGGUGGGUGUGGUCCUGUUUCAGAACUUGGUCCCCAUUGCCCUGUACAUCUCCUUGGAAAUCGUGCGAUGGAUCCAAGCGCUCUUCAUCUUCUUCGACCAGUACAUGUACUAUGAGCGGUUGGAGAUGUCUUGCGUCCCCAAGGCUUGGAACAUCUCAGAUGACAUUGGGCAAAUCGAGUACAUUUUCUCGGACAAGACGGGCACACUGACGCAAAAUGUGAUGGAGUUCAAGAAAUGCACCGUCAACGGGGUCGCUUAUGGUGAGGCCUACACGGAAGCCCAACUGGGAAUGCAGAGACGGCAGGGCUUAGUGAAUGUGGAGGAGGAAGCUGCCAGGGCCCGCCAACACAUUAGCGACAGCCGGGUGGAAAUGUUGAAGCAAUUGCGUCAGCUACAUGAUAACCCGUACCUCAUUGAUGACAACCUUACUUUUGUUUCGCCUCAAUACGCCGCAGAUCUUGGCGGUGCAUCAGGCGAUGCUCAGAGGCAGGCGACGGAAAGCUUCAUGACCGCGCUGGCCUUGUGUCAUACGGUGGUCUCGGAACGUACCCCAGGCGACCCUCCGCAGAUUGAGUUCAAGGCCCAGUCCCCCGAUGAGGCCGCUCUGGUGGCUACUGCUCGAGACUGUGGAUUCACGGCGUUGGGUCGCUCCGGCGAUAGCUUAACCGUUAAUAUCAUGGGCGAAGAACGCAGUUACCGGAUUUUGAAUAUCUUGGAAUUCAACUCGACGCGUAAGAGAAUGAGUGUGAUUGUCCAAAUGCCGGAUGGAACGAUUCGCCUGCUGUGCAAGGGUGCCGAUACGGUCAUUAACUCUCGCCUGGCCCCCGGUCAACAACGGGAGCUCCGGAAUACCACCGCGCAGCAUCUUGAAACAUUCGCCCAAGAAGGUCUCCGAGUGCUCUGUAUUGCCGAACGGGUUCUUGACGAGGACUACUACCGUCAGUGGAGUCUCAAGCAUGACGUGGCUGCCGCUGCCAUCGUGGAUCGUGAAGAGAAGCUGGAGGAGGUCGCCAGUGCUAUUGAACGGGACUUGUUUCUUUUGGGUGGCACUGCCAUUGAAGAUCGGUUACAGGAUGGUGUACCAGACACUAUCUCCUUACUGGCUGAGGCUGGUAUCAAGCUUUGGGUUUUGACUGGUGACAAGGUCGAAACUGCCAUCAACAUUGGCUACUCCUGCAACCUUCUCAACAAUGACAUGGAUAUCAUGAUAAUGAGUGCACCGGAUGCCGACAUGGCCGCGAAAGAAUUGGACAGCAAGCUAGAAAUGUUUGGGAUUACGGGCUCGGAUGAGGAAUUGACUGCUGCACGCCAGGACCACUCACCGCCCCCGCCAACGCAUGCCCUCGUUCUCGACGGGGACUGCCUCCGAUUGAUGUUGGAUGAUGCCUUGAGGCAGAAGUUCCUGUUGCUGUGCCGGAAAUGUAAGUCCGUCCUCUGUUGCCGUGUCAGCCCGGCCCAAAAGGCCGCGGUUGUUGACAUGGUGAGGACCGGUUUGAACGUGAUGGCUUUGUCGAUUGGAGACGGCGCCAACGAUGUCGCCAUGAUUCAAAAAGCAGAUGUCGGGGUGGGCAUUGCUGGAGAAGAAGGUCGCCAGGCAGUCAUGUCGGCCGAUUACGCCAUCGGCCAGUUCCGUUUCCUACAGCGUCUGAUUCUCGUGCAUGGACGGUGGGCGUACCGGCGGCUCGGCGAGACCACCGCCAAUUUCUUCUAUAAGAACUUGGUCUGGACGUUUGCGCUGUUUUGGUAUUCUAUCUAUGACAACUUCGACGGCUCCUACCUUUUCGAGUACACAUAUAUUACCCUGGUGAACGUCGCCUUCACCUCCCUGCCUGUAAUCUUUAUGGGAAUCUUCGAUCAGGAUGUCGACGAUAGGGUGUCCCUGGCAGUACCACAGCUCUACAUGCGAGGCAUUGAGCGUAAGGAGUGGACGCAGUUCAAAUUCUGGAUCUACAUGCUGGACGGCUUUUACCAAUCCAUCAUCUGUUUCUUCAUGCCAUAUGAGCUGUACUCUGCGGCCAAUUUCCAAACCGAAAACGGACUCGGCAUCGAUGACCGGUACCGCAUGGGUGUCCUCGUCGCUACUUGUGCGGUGGUUGCGAGCAACACCUACGUGAUGAUGAACAUGUAUCGAUGGGAUUGGCUGACCACCUUGAUCAACGCGAUUAGCUCACUGUUGAUCUUCUUCUGGACCGGUAUUUACUCGUCCUUUGAAUCUUCCGCGACCUUCUAUGGGGCUGCCCGGCAGGUCUAUGGCGCCCUGUCGUUCUGGGUGGUCCUGUUUUUGACCGUGGUGAUGUGUCUCGUCCCCCGAUUCGUCAUCAAGUGCAUCCAGAAGGUCUACUUCCCGCUGGACGUGGACAUUGUCCGAGAACAAGUGAUUCUGGGCCAGUUUGACUAUCUGAAGAAGUACGAAGCCUAUGUGCCUCCCGACGUCGCCAAGCUCGCACCUUCGUCCGACAGCGAAGCCUCGACUACGCCCUCGGCCCGCAGCCAUACCCCGCAGACUAAUUUCACGCGCGAUUAUCCCGUCAACCAGGGAAUUGACCGCACGGCGGAUUCCACUCCCGUUGCACCUCUCGUCGAUGCCCAGGGCGCUCCAACGGAUCUAGGUAGCAAUGUCACCAGUGCGAACAACAGUGUUGCCUUUGGGCUUCAGCGACGCUCGUCCUCAGAGAGUACCAGUCGAGAACCAUCCGCUUUCUCGAGUCAACUCCUGACGGUCGAAUCAGCGAACAUGGAGCCACAGAUGCCUCACAGUCCGCUCAAGAGCCGGAGUGAUCCCCCGACAUACCCUGUAUAGAUCAGUUGCUUUCCUGCUUUUCCAGCGGCCCUUCCGAUUUGUUAAUAUCUCCACCUUAUUUCCGUUGCGAU